GUGAAUGGGUUCUUGCACCUCUCUGAGCUUUGUUGCUUUCUGCAGACGUUUCAUUACCUGGCUAGGUAACAUCAUUGUUAAGGAGAAGGGUUUGCUGGCUGAGCUCAGAGAGCACCACAAACCCCACAGUCUCUUCUGUCAGUGUUUAUAUGUAGACAUACAUAUUGGCCAUCAAUUAACCUAAUGCAAAUGUCUUAUGAUCUAUUGAUACAGACCACCACUAAUGUAUGGAAUCACCUUUACUAGGUUAAAGAAUUGCAACUACUUAAGGCAUUUUUGCACUUUGACAUUAAAGUACUAGCCAUCAGUUCUUGAAAUGGCAGAAAACUUAUAAGUUCCAGUCUGAUUUGCUGAUCCCAAAACUAUAGCAAACUCCUCCAUUUUGCUUUCCUGCCAGCUAGGGUGUAUGUUGUGUAUAGAGUAAAGUAAUUGGUUAAAGUCCUUGGCUAUAUUGCCCUCGCACUUUCUAAAUAUAACCACCAACAGGAACACUGCGGAGGGCAGAGAUGCAAUUAUAUGCAGGUUUUCACACAUGCUGAUUCACCUCUCUGUUACUUUGUGGGUCAAAACAGGACUUGUGCAAAGAUAGAGCAGAAGUGGUAAAAAUAAGGCAGGAAAGCUGCCUAUCUCAAAACUCAGCAGCUCCCCAUUUCCCUAUUGUUAGCAGUAUUGCAGGACCUGCAUGAUAAGUGGGAAAGCUUUGCUUGUGUGGCUCCCCCAGCCUAACCAAAAGCUGUUUGGCAGACUGUAGGGAGCUUUGAGGUGCAGCCACAGCUGGUUGUUUUGUUAGCUCACCUUAUCUGGAGCAAAACAAGUGUGGUAAAGAAGUGGGUGCACUACUUAGGAAAAAGAUGUGCCAAUAGGAGUGGAUUGAUCCCCUUCCCCAAAGCUCAAUUGAGAAUAUUCUAUAAACUGAUCUGCUGUGGAUUUCUGCUAGUUUUGCUUUGUUUUGUUUUGGGGGGGACACUUAUUUAAAACCAGAACAACUGACAAGUUUAUUUCAGUCAUGAGCUAAGAAUGAGAUAAAGGCAGUAUCACAGGGACAUAGCUGAAUAAAGAUUUUGCCAGGACAUAUUCAUUUCUUGGCUAGUUGCAAAUGAUCUCCCUGAUGUUAUUUCAUUUGUCUGCUGAAGUUUCCUGUCUUUGUGUCUUGUGAUAUCAUAUGAUAGGUUAUUUGCAAUGUAUAAUUCAGCUUACCAACAAUUGAUUAAAAUAGUUAGUUCCCUGUGUACUGGUUUAGCUGUGAUUUGAAUUGCCAGUUGCCAAGCACUUCUGGAAUCUUCUAAGGUUCUUAGUUGAGAGUGGCCAUUUCUCAACAGUAUUAAAACUUGGGAACUUCAUUUCAGCAAAAAUCACAGUUCUGCAGAGCAUAGGAAUUUGUGUCACAGUAACUAGAAGAAGCACAUUUCACUAUCAUGGCUGAAGAUGAGAAAAGGCAGUUGCUUGAAUAUAAUCAGAUGAGGGAAUCGAGAUGCUUGCUAGAAGGAAGGAGUGAAACUUCGUGGCUCAGGCCCCAGAAAAAGCAUUUUCCUCAAAGUAAUCAGGCUUCAGCAGAGAACUACAAAGAAGAAAAACAGGAGUAUGACAGUGGCAGGACAUCCUGGAUAAAAAUAACUCCUCCUCAUCAUAAAGAAAGAAGGCAUUUUCCUGAAAAAAACAAUGCAAUUUUUGGAUGAGAGAUCUUAUUAGAAGCAGUUUCUCUGCUGGAUUACUGAAGUUGUGUGCAUUUUACCUAAUUGAAAAAACAAGUGUGUUGUCUGUGUGUGUACGCAUAUAUACAUACAUACACAAAUAUUCAUUUUUGAGAAUGAACUUAGCUACAAGAUUAUUGUUGAUUUUUAAAAUGGAUUUGCAUGGAUUAUACAAAAUAAAACAUAAUAUGAUGAAAUAAA